AUGAGCGAGGUGAUUGUGCCAAGAAGUUUUCGAUUGCUUGAUGAAUUGGAGAAGGGGCAAAAAGGAAAUGUAAGCGAAGGUGUAUCCUUUGGGUUAGAAAGUGCAGAUGAUAUUACACUUUCGAAUUGGUCAUGUACCAUUUUUGGUCAACCAGGAACAGUUUUUGAAAACAGAAUUUAUUCCCUGACCAUAUUUUGUGGUGACAAUUAUCCCGAUGUACCACCGACUGUCAAAUUUGACACGAAAAUUGAAAUGUCUUGCGUGGAUACCGAUGGACGUGUCGUUAAAAACAAUCUGCAUAUUCUUAAAAACUGGAACCGAAAUUAUACCAUCGAAACAAUUCUAAUUUCCCUCAGACAGGAAAUGCUGUCAAGUGUGAACAAAAGAUUACCGCAACCCAAUGAAGGAGAAAUGUACUGA